UUGGCAAGAAGAGUAAGAAACUGUGGUUAAUUCAAGAGGACCAUGUCUGUCUUCGACUCCAUCGAUCAUCUAAGAUGAAGACACCCUCUUAAUGCACCUAAAAUGUUCAAGAAAAAGUGUAUCUUCAUUUCGUUGUUGAUGUUGCUGCCCCUCUCGGUGGCGCUGUGGCGCAGGGUGAGGCCGUGCAGCAUCUGCCGCAGCUACCUGACCGGCAGCUGGACCGCCGAAUUUGACAACCUUUCUGACUGGUAUUCCUCGCUGCUCAGCAAAUCCCCCACGCUCACCAUCCACAACCACCUUCUCCGCAGCAUCGUCACCGCCAACCCCAAGAACGUCGAGCACAUCCUCCGCACCCGCUUCUACAACUACCCCAAGGGCAAGGCUUUCUCCGCCGUGCUCCACGACCUCCUCGGCUGCGGCAUCUUCAACGUCGACGGCGACCGUUGGCUCUCCCAGCGCAAGCUCGCCAGCCAAGGCAUCGGCAGCGCCAGAGCCAGGGCCGCCUCCUUCGUUGUCCUGCGCGCCCUGGUCCAAGACCGCCUGCUGCCGGCUGUCGCCUCUGCCGCCUGCUUCCCUCACGGGAUCGACCUGCAGGAUCUGCUCCGCAGCUUCUUCUUCGAGUGCAUCUGCAGGUCGUACUUCGGCGUCUCCCCCCAACAGCUGGAGCUAGACCAGCCUGCUCACGUGCUGGCUGACGCCUUUGACUCGGCGUCAAGGAUCUCGGCGUGCCGGGGAGCGGCGUGGGCGCCAUUCCUGUGGAAGGCGAAACGCCUUCUGUGCGUCGGCUCCGAAAGGGAUCUCCAGGAGGCCGUUGGAGUGGUCCAACGGCUUGCGGACGAGAUCAUCCGCAAACGCCGAGCCCUAACUCAGGCAACAACUAUCGGGGACCUUCUCGCGAAAUUCAUGAGCACGACGAGCGACGACCGCCUGCUUAGGGACAUCGUCAUCAACUUCAUGCUCGCCGGCCGGGACACCGUCGCCUCCGCACUCGCCGCCUUCUUCUGGCUCGUGUCCAGACAUCCACACGUCGAGCUCUCAAUUCUCGACGAACUACAGCGAGUCGUUACGCAGCCAACCACCACCAACAGUACCACAACACAUGAAGCAACUAAAGAAACCAUUACCACAUACGUUGAAGCGUGCAAGGAGGAGGCCGGCGGCCUCGAGUACGCGCAACUAAAGGAUCUCCACUACCUUCAGGCGGCAAUUUGCGAGAGCUUGAGGCUGUACCCACCUGUGCAAUUCGACUCGAAGAGAGCCGUCGAGGACGACAAGCUGCCGGACGGGACGUUUGUGAGGAGGGGCACUCGAGUGACGUACCACCCUUAUGCAAUGGGAAGGAUGGAGUCCAUCUGGGGUGCCGACUGCCACGAGUUUCGGCCGGAGAGAUGGCUUAAGGACGGCGAAUUCGUGGCGGAGAGCCCCUAUAAGUAUCCCGUGUUCCAGGCGGGGCGGAGGGUCUGCCUGGGGAAGGAGAUCGCCCUCAUGCAGAUGAAGUGCGUUGCUGCAGCUAUCUUUCGGAAGUUCACCUUACAAACUGAGCCUUCUUGCAAUCGAUUGGACUUCUCCCCUGGCCUCACUUCUAAUAUUAGAGGUGGCCUUACUGUCAUUGUCAAGCCAAGACCUUCGUAA